AUGUCCUCUAAGGUUACUGGAAAAACUUUUGACUUUGGCUUUCUUCUCAAGUAUUUAGAUAAAAGUCAACAUGGCUUAGUAGGCCAGCUUAGAAGUACGCACUCAAAGUGGAAAGAAAGAGUUAAUUCUCUUUCCGACUCUCGUAAGAUAAACUUUGAUCGACAUAAAGAAGUUGUGGACCUCACCGAAAAAAACUUUUCCAAACUAAUCUUUCCCAUACCUCAAGUUGAAGACUCUGAAAUAAUGUCCACCUACACCAAAAAUCGCAAAGCUGUGGAGGAACUGACUAAAAAUUUAGAGUCAACAUUAAAAUCUCUUCAGCAGGAAUUACAAGAUUUUCUAAAAGAAAAGCCCCUUACGGAGAUGACCUUGGAUGAAUUAAUUAAGAAGUUUCCCGAGGAAUAUAGUAAGGCGGAGGAGGAAGUUAAAGGAUAUGGAUCCAAUAGAGAAAGCUCCAUUUGAUUACCAAACUUGAAUUAUUACUAGUGUUAUGGCUUCUCUAAUAUUGCAAUACUUAUUCCUUU